ACAAUUGUUAAUUUGGUCCCUCCUAGCAGGGAAGAAAAGUGCCACUUUGAUCCUAGAGGGGAAAAAAAGCCCUGUUUCGUACGGGUGGUGUGAAAAUGUCUUCUUUUCCUCUCUUUCCUAUUUUUUAUCCCUUACCUAGGUAAGUACAUCUGUACUACAUCUGUAUAUCUAGAUGUACAGAUAUAGUGCACAAGUAUUGCAUAAUCUUUUGUCAUCGUAUUUUUUCGGAAACGUUCGUAUUUGUCAUGCUACUUCAGUCAAACUUAGUACUUUUUGUACGUUCGUGCGUUUCCUUGAAAAUACGCUCGUAUAUUUGUCCUAAUAGCAUGUUGUUUUCCAACCUUUUUUUCCCCAGAAUAUGGAAAAAAUGAAUGAAGAAACCUUCAUAAUAAAUAAUUGCCUCCAUCAAGAGAAUUUCCAUACUAUAUAAGCGAACAUUGGUCUAAACAUGCAAAAAUCCGAACGCAAAUCCUCAAAAGAUACAAACCCUGAAACAACUAGCGAAAAGGGUAAAAAGAAAAAAAACGAGAAAAAAGGUUAUUUUAACGAGUCCUCAUCGUCGGGGGACGAUGGAUGGUUUUUCACGAUUGCCGAUUCUGAUAGCACAGAAAGUAAAACGGAUGCCAAGAAAGAAAAAGAAGAUAAGGAUAAAAGAGAUCUAAGGGCUAACCCACUGAAGGACUCUGAGACCUCUGACAGUGAUGAGAAACGUAAAAAAGAAAAGAGUGGAAAAAGCACUACUAAAUCAGAUGGACCUUUAAAAGAUUCCGGAUCUUCCGACAGUAAUGGUAAAAACAAGAAAAACAAAAAUGAUAAUGAUAGAAAAAACACAGUUAACUCAGGCGGUCCAUUAAAGGAUUCUGAAUCUUCUGACAGUAAUGGUAAAAACAAGAAAAACAAAAAUGAAAAUGAUAGAAAAAACACAGUUAACUCAGGCGGUCCAUUAAAGGAUUCCGAAUCUUCUGACAUUGAUGGUAAAAAUAAGAAAAAUAAAAAUGAUAGAAAAAACGCAGUUAGAUCAGACGGUCCAUUAAAGGAUUCUGAAUCUUCUGACAGUAACAGUAAAAAUAAGAACAUCAAAAACGAAAAUGCUAGAAAAAGCAGCAAUAAACCAGGAGAACGUUCCAAAACAUCAUCGUUUCUAAAUAAACUUCUCAAAGAUUCUGAUUCCACUGACAGUGAUAGCGGUAAAAACAGGAAAAUUAAAAAAGAAGGUAAAAAGGGAAGAGAUAGCUCACUUACAGCUAAUUUGCUAAAGGAUUCUGAAUCAGAAGUCAGUAAGGAGAAAACUCAGAAAGUAAGUAAUAGAAAAGGCAGUAUUACAGUUGACAACAAUUCCCCAUUAAAAGACUCGGACUCUUCUGAUAGUAAUAGAAAAAAUAAGAACAGUAAACCAGAAGAAAAGAAAGGCGGCACUAAAGCAGCUGAUCUGCUGAAAGAUUCUGACUCUUCUGUCAGUAACGGUAAAAAUAGAAAAAGCAAAGAAAAUGUUAGGAAAGAAAUUACGAAAAAGCAACAAUCUAAAACAUUAAAGGACGCAGAAUCUUCUGACAGUGACGUUGGUAAUAAAAAUACGAAGAAAAAGAAAGAAAAUGUGAAAAAAGAUAACAAAAUAGCCAAAACAGACUAUGCGUCUUCGGACAGUGACGAAAUUAAUGAAAAAAGAAUAGCCGAUAAUAAUGCUAAAUUAAAUUACAAACCUUCUGACAGUGACAUUUAUAAUAACAAGAAGGAAAGUGUUACAAAAGGUUAUGAGUCUUCAAAUAAAGAUACUGUUAAUAGAAAAAAUAUAAUUGAACCAUAUAAAAACUAUGAAUCUUCAGAGAGCGAUAUUGAAAAUGAUAAUACAAAGAAGAAAAAUAAAGCAACAAAAUGAUAAAACUGUACUUUCUAUUGCUAAACAGAACACCGGCCAUUAAGUCACAAGAAUCUGUCGCUAAAAAGCCGCCAUACAAUCCAAGUUACGAUCUCAUUUUAAAAUGACAUCCUGAAUAGGGUUGUUUCCAUCUACAAAUCUUAGGGCAGAAUUGUAUCCCAAUAAAUUCUUUUGGAUUAUAAGAAUAUGUUAAACUACUUUUAGGGGACCUGUAAUGACCAUAUUUUUGUAAAUAUUGAAUUUAAAAUAUAUUGUGGCACACGUCACGUGACCAAACUCGAAACGUCAUUGAAGAUUCUGAUGACGUCACAACUCUCGGAUUGACACUGUUGACAGUUAGACGAUGAACAACAAAUGACAAAUGUCAGUUGACAGUUCGUAUCUUCUACGUGUGUAUGUAUGUUAUGUGUCAAACUAUAAACUGUGACUUCACACAAUUUUCAAAGAGCGUUUUGGGCGCGAAAGCACCUGUCAAAAUAUAUUUUAUUAAUUUAACAUAUUUAAAGCCGUUUUUAGUAUAAAAAUUUAAUUUUAGGGCAACUUUUAGUUAAUAUAGAACGUAAUACAAGCGUUUCAAAAAAUUGGAAACAACCCUAUUAACAUGAAACUUAGCAUGAACAUUUAAGCAUAGAGAAAUAAGUAACAUAGAGUGCUCACUCCAUACAUCAGUUUAGGUACCGAAACGAAACGCUUAUUAUUUUCGUAGUCGACAUCCAACAUCGAGUAGCGGAAUUAUCAGUACUGCUACUUGACACUAGAUGUCAUGAGUGCCGCGACUGACGAAAAUUGUAUUGCUCAACAAUUUACAACUAAUAUUACAAGCAGGAGUUGAAAAUAGAGUUCCGGUAAUGCAAGAAGAAAUAUCUCAGACAAAAGCAAGAAGAACAUUGGUAUUGAUUCUAUUGAUACACAAUUACGCAUACUUUGCGGACAUAAAGUGGUAAGGCGCGUAUUUUUUACAUGUUCAUUAUUAUUGGUUUUAAUAUCAAAACGACCCACCUAUAUGUAAUAUGUACGUCGCAGCCAUCUGGUUAUAUUAGUCAGCUAAUUAGACGCCUAGCCCGUUCAUUAAAAGCCGGCUAAUUAAACGGCGGAAGAAUAACUAACCAAGUCAUUGAUCGCAUCGUUAACCAGGUGGCUGAACGUCGUCUAGUCAUUUAGUUAAAUUGGACAUUGAUGAAUUUAUGAUGUUUGUUUAGGUUAGGUUAUUGUACAUUUUUAUACGUUAUUUCAUUUCUGUAAGUUUUUAGGUUACGUUUAAAUCACUUGGCUGAGUGAACUAGUCGUUUUCAAGGUUUGACUUUCAAUA